UUAAUCUUUUUAUUUAUUUGCCGUCUCUAUAGUCUAAUCACGUAAGUUGUCUGGUUUUUAAAGCCUCUCUCUUUGGUCUCCUCUUUGAGUUUCUCUUCCAUCACGCCGACGAAGUUAGAUAUAUAAUAAUAACAUCUACUAUAUCCGAUGGAAGAAGUUGCUCUUUGCAAUAUUAUUUGAUGAAGAAGGGAUGGUGUUGAGAUGGGAAGGAGUGAUGUCUCGAGAUGAAGGAGAGGCAACGUUGGAGUGGUGAAGAGGAUGCAUUGUUACGUGCCUACGUGAGACAGUUCGGUCCGAGAGAAUGGCAUCUUGUCUCUGAGCGUAUGAACAAGCCUCUGAACCGUGACGCAAAGUCUUGUCUCGAACGGUGGAAGAACUAUCUUAAGCCAGGGAUCAAGAAAGGGUCAUUGACAGAGGAAGAGCAGAGGCUCGUGAUCCGUUUACAGGAGAAACACGGCAACAAGUGGAAGAAGAUCGCCGCGGAGGUUCCAGGGAGGACGGCGAAGCGGCUAGGGAAGUGGUGGGAAGUGUUCAAGGAGAAGCAGCAGAGAGAAGAGAAAGAGAGUAACAAGAGAGUCGAGCCUAUUGACGAGAGUAAGUACGAUAGGAUCCUCGAGAGUUUCGCUGAGAAGCUUGUGAAAGAGAGGUCCUCUGUUCCUGCGGUGAUGGCUAGUUCAAACGGAGGGUUUCAACAAGCUCCUCCGCCUCCUAAUAAUAAUCAUGUGAUCCCUCCUUGGUUAGCUACUUCUAACAACGGGAACAAUGUUGUUGCAAGACCUCCCUCGGUGACUCUCACUCUAUCGCCUUCAGUGGCUGCAACACCUCCUCAACAACCUAUCCCAUGGCUGCAGCAGCAGCAGCCUGAGGCCAGCCCGGGAGGUCUUGUGUUAGGGAGUAUGAUACCGUCUUGUAGCGGUAGUAAUGAGAGUGUGUUCAUGUCAGAGCUAGUGGAGUGUUGUAGAGAGCUGGAGGAAGGGCACAGAGCUUGGGCGGAGCAUAAGAAGGAGGCGGCUUGGAGGCUAAGGAGAUUAGAGCUGCAGCUAGAGUCAGAGAAGACAAGUAGACAAAGGGAGAAGGCAGAGGAGAUUGAGGCAAAGAUGAAGGCUCUGAGGGAAGAGCAGAAGAUGGCGAUGGAGAAGAUUGAAGGAGAGUAUAGAGAACAGCUUGUUGGUUUGAGGAGAGACGCCGAGGCCAAGGACCAGAAACUAGCUGAUCAGUGGACAUCUAAGCAUAUCAGGCUCACCAAGUUUCUUGAACAACACAUUGGAUGCAGGCAGAGACUAUUAGACCGGCCCUGAAUCCUAAACCAAAACACCUGCUAUGAUCUCCUCUCCUCUUUGUUUUGUAAUGUAAUGUAAGCUUUUUUGUUUUUGUUUUUGUAAUGUUAAUCAGACUUUUGGGUUCCUUAACUCAGCUUUUAUUGUAUGUGUUGGUUUCUCUUCUUUAAUCA